AUGCAGAUAAGAGGGGCCGAUUUACCCAUUCUUAAGCUCUCAAAAUUUGAAAAAAUGGGUAACUCGCAGAGUGACUCGAUCAGUGGACAUUAUGCCUGUAUUAUAGCCGCUAUGGCCUUCACCUUUAUUCUCACCUUUACCGUUUCACUCGUUGCAGCCUUAGAUGAAGAAUGUGCCAAAUGUGAUUUACGUUCGUCGUACUGUAAAAUUUGGGAGGACGGCGCAAAAACAUGCGCCUGUCGUGACGGGUUCGAACAGAUGCCUAACGGCACCUGUCAAGUGUCCGGCCCAUUGAUCUCAAAAGUGAGUGACGACCCAUCUGAGGAACCGUUUUGUGUCCUGGGUCAAGCUGAGAAGGCUGCUACGAGGAUCCUCACUGAGUUGCUGUCGAAGUACGACCGUAAUCUCGUGCCUAAGAUGAAGGGCGUUGACGUCGACGUUGAGCUGUUGAUCCAACGGGUUUCCGAGAUAUCGGAGAUUCAGUCCGCAUCUACCAUGCACAUUUUAUUUAGCCAGAUCUGGCACGAUCCCGGAUUAUCCUUUGAGCAUGAAGAAGGAGCGCAAUGUCUCACUAAUCUCUCCCUUUCUCAUCGAAUGGUGGACAACAUCUGGUUGCCGAAUGUCUGUAUUGUAAACAGUAAAGGUUCUGUCAUCCAUAAAAGUCCUACGCCAAAUAUUUUUCUCGCGAUCUUCCCUAAUGGCACUGUUUGGAUGAAUUACAGAAUAGUCGUGGAAUCUCCGUGUGAAAUGGAUUUCAGCUUCUUCCCGAUGGAUCGCGUUAUGUGCACAACAAUCUUUGAAAGCUACUCUUUCAACGUUGGAAAGGUUCGUCUUCAUUGGAAACGACAAGGUCAACCGGUAGAAUUUAUAGACGAGGUGAAGCUGCCUGAUUUUCAUAUGACAACGUUUAUUCACGAGAAAGCAACAUUUCAAUAUCCUGCGGGAGUUUGGGAUCAACUCAAUAUUAAGUUGUUCUUUCGAAGAUCAUACGGGUUCUAUAUACUUCAAAUUUAUCUUCCCACAUAUUGUAUGGUACUGAUUAGUUGGAUCUCGUUCUGGCUGGAUCGAAAAAGCCUUCCGGCUCGAGUGACGCUCGGCGUCUCUUCACUCAUGGCACUUACUUUACAAUAUAGUAAUGUCGCAAGGAGUUUGCCUAAGGUAUCUUACGUGAAAGGCUUGGAUUUGUUCAUGUUCGGUUGUGUUGGCUAUAUUUUCCUUUCGAUCGUUGAACUCGCUGUUGUUGGGACCUUAGAGAACAAGAAAAUUAGGUCUAACGAGGAUUUCUUAUCCGAUGAAGAAGUUAAGAAAAGCGUUUUUCAACGAACUUUUUCGUCUAAAAGCUUCCGAUCCGGCUAUGGACCAACGCGGGGUUGCGAAUCCAACUGCGGUUCACCGGAAGAUUGGCAAAAGCACUCAUGGAAUGACAGAACCUAUGUCGAGUGUCCUGAGCCGAAACCUCCCGGAGGGAAUUCGCCUCCAGACCUCGAAGCCGACACCAAUAAUCAGAUGCUUGUGUUCGUCCGACAACGAAAAGCGUCAAGAAAAAGACGCCGGCGAUUGGUCUCGGGACGAUUAUUUCAUAAAUGGUCUGGUGAAGAUAUGGACAGGUUUUGUCAAAAGCUGUUCCCGAUUAGCUUCACAUUCUGUAACUUGAUAUACUGGAUGUACUACACAGCGAAGUCAAAGGACUGA